CAGGUCAGGUGGCACUCAGGCAUGAGGGGUCAUCCUUCUUCUGCCUCUCAGGAAGGAAAAGGAGCCAUGGAUGCGCGGAGGCCUCGAGCACAGGCUGGACUCCGAGGGGCCCCUGGAAGAGAUGAUAAAGAUGAGGAUGAUUCAAAUGACAAGAAUUUCCGAAAGACUUCACCUUCAUCAAGUCAGAAAAAGACACCUACAGAAAAGGUUUUUGAGAAAAAAGUUAAUUCUGAGAAGAUGAACUCCUCUCAUAUGACAUUUUCAAGUAAGAAUUAUGAGUUUCUUUUCCCAGAGCGUUCAGAAAGUGAGAGUGAUGAGACUACGUGGAAUGUCAGUGACUCCUCACAGACAGACAGGUGGAGCAGUGUGAACACAGAGCUUGCAGGGCCAUCAAAGACUGUCUCCCAACGGCUUCCUGACGUUGAAACGACUGUCUCUGAAAAGGAGCUGACUCAGUUGGCGCAGAUCCGACCAUUAAUAUUCAAUUACUCUUCACAAACUGCCAUGAGGGAUUGUCUGAAAACGCUCCAGAAAAAAGAAGACUAUGAUAUCAUCCGUGAGUUUUUGGAGUUAGAGCAGAUGACUGUGCCUGAUGACUUCAGCUCUGGGAAUGAACUACUCAACAAAGACAAAAACAGAUACCGAGAUAUUCUUCCAUAUGAUUCAACACGUGUUCCUCUUGGAAAAAACAAGAACUACAUCAAUGCUAGUUAUAUUAGAAUAGAAAAUCAUGAAGAAGAGUAUUUUUAUAUUGCUACUCAAGGACCACUGCCAGAGACUAUAGAAGACUUUUGGCAAAUGGUUAUGGAAAAUAAUUGUAAUGUUAUUGCUAUGAUAACCAGAGAGAUAGAAGGUGGAGUUAUCAAGUGUGAGGGGUACUGGCCCAUUUCUUUGAAGGAACCUUUGGAAUUGAAACACUUGCGCAUCCUUCUGGAGAACUGCCAGAUAACUCAGUAUUUCAUCAUUCGAAUAUUUCAAAUUGUGAAGAAGUCUACAGGAAUGAGUCACUGUGUAAAACACUUGCAGUUCACAAAAUGGCCAGACCAUGGCACUCCUGCCUCAGCAGACUUUUUCAUCAAAUACGUCCGUUAUGUGAGGAAGAGCCACAUCACAGGACCCCUGGUUGUUCAUUGUAGUGCUGGCGUAGGCCGUACGGGGGUGUUCAUAUGUGUGGAUGUCGUGUUCUGUGCCAUCGAGAAGAACGUCUCAUUCAACAUUAUGAACAUAGUGACCCAGAUGAGAAAACAGCGUAGUGGCAUGAUCCAAACAAAGGAGCAGUAUCACUUUUGUUAUGAAAUUGUGCUUGAAGUUCUUCAGAAUCUUCUGGCUUUGAGUUGAGAAAGACUGCGCCUCUCACUUGAGAUUACCAAGAAGCUUGUGCUGAAGGCGCUGCUGGCCGUGCUCUUUGCCCUCUGAUUUUCUCUCUGAAAUCUCACUGAAGGCAGCAUCUCUGGGCACAGAGCAAACUGUUUCACUUGAUCUUUCUGAACAAUAGCAAAAUACCCACCCAUGUCUUUCAGUGGAGCAAAAGUUACAUGAAAUAACCUCAGCUUAGCUGUUUGGGUUAAGGGAUUUUAGAAUUCAAUAAAAGACUUAAAUAUAUUCAUUAAGCUUUUAUUUGGAAAGGUGACCAACAACCUCAGAAAAUCCCCAAGCCUUACAAGCCUUAAGAACGUGGGGCCACUAAAUGGCAGGUUAAUAUGCUGACCUCUCACAGGCAUUUUGCAGAUAUUGCCGACGGGCUUUAGAGAAGCUAGAGUCCAUACUCUCAGCUGGCAACCGAGUAACUCAAAAGGACUCUAACUAGGAUGGAUUGACUUUCAAUAUAAAUGGUUUUCGUGUCCUAUACUUGAAUAGUCCCAGAAUGCCCUAGGGAUUUCCAUGAAACAGUUACCUUCCUGGAGCAGCCAGGCCCUUGUCCUGCUACCCUGAGAAACACCUUGUUGGUGAACAGAGUCCCUCUUUGCCCUCACACAAGCACACCGGUGAACAGUUCCAAACAAAAAUGCUUGUUGAUCUGUAAAUUCAAUGGAAAUGUUUGUCAGGCCCAAACUUCUUUUCUACCCUACCCUAACAGUUAACACACCAUUCUGUCUGCUUUAUCAGAAGCAAGUAUUAUAUGGUACUUGCCUCUUAAUCUUUAGCUAGCAAAUAAACUUUAAUGUAAUGAUAUUGCUAUGUAAGUUUGAGUCAUUUUUUAGUACUUGUUAAAUCAUUUUUUUUCAAACUAAGAUCUAAAAAACAGCUUUAUUUUCUUUCUCUCUCCCUACCUUCUUUCUCCCCCUCCUCUCUCUUUUUCUCCAGAGGUCCAUUAAGUUGUUUCUUUCUUCUGUAGAAAGAUUUAGAUUCUGGACAUUCGAACUAGAUUUUAGAAAACUAAAUUCGUAGUUGUGAAAGUGAAAAUUCUAUAUUCUUGUUAAAAACUUCUGGCCAUUAUUAUAUUCAUCAUAUCAGGAUUCUGGCUCAGACAGUUAUAGUGAUUCUUUGGUUAAGGGGUUUUGGCGAUCAGUCAGUCGUUCCUAAUUAUAAGCCACAAAACAAUUGAUAAGGGUAUUGUACAGUCAAUUCAGUAGGAUAAGAGCUGUGAAUCAUACUGAAAAUUCCUAAAAUUAUAAAUCCUAAACUUUUAAGAGGCUUAUUGCUUUGGUUAAAUGAAUACUUGAAUUGGUUAAAUUAGGAUUGAUAAGUCUCAUUAUAAACAUAAUUAUAUGCCAUAUAUUUGGCAUUAACUCAAGUUGAUGAUAAUAGCUAUUUAUACUGUUUAUAUGCAUAAUAGUCUAUGCUGAACAAAAAUAUCAUUUUGAUUAUUGGUUUUAAAUAUUUGCAUCUAUAACUGUAUUUUCAUUCUGUUACUAUAAGAUAAUAAAUAUAAUACAGAAUAAUGUUCCCAAGAUGGACUGUGUGUUAUUAAAUUAAAAAUAUUUUCUAUGUA